ACAAGAGCAUUACUGGGGGGUAUCCUUAAAAAAGAAAGAAGAGCUUAAUUACAUCCCAAAACACCCACUUCAACGCUGUGUUAGUACUCUAAAUAUCAAUAUGCUUCUUAUUUUCCAGCCUAAGUAUAUAUACUCUCUUGACUCUCAUUUGAACCUUUUUUUUACUCAAUUGCUUUGCAUUCAUUUUGAUCAAUCACUUCAUUUUAUUACAUCCAUUGUGUUCCCUCAAUAGAACUCAAUGCAACCAGCGCGCGUCUAUCUCUUCUUCCCGCGACAUCAAUUAAAAGCCAACUACACUCCAACGUGAUUACAGUAUCCAAUAACGAAGACAUUUAUCCACAAGCACUUUUUUUUUUUUUGCAAUGUCCUUACCAGCCUCAAAGCCAAAGCGCCUCUCUUCUUCCUCCUCAUCCUCAUCCUCAUCCUCUGUGCCUCCAUCUCAUUCUAAUGUGUCAACAAAGAGAUCCAGUCAUUGUCAAUGGAUACUUCGAAGGAAUGAGAAGCCAAAUAUCCUUGAUAUAACACCAAGAGAAACCACUAAAACAACGCGUCAAGUCAAGUCUAGGUCCUCAUUUGAGAAGGAGAAUGGAGAGGAUAGUAAGGAGGAUAUUCACCACACACAGCUUCUUCCAGACUCUCCUCCCACUUCACCCUUACCUAUUAACUUCCGCAGCUUGAGCAAUACAACUGUCCCAUACACCUGGAAGGAUCUUUCAACCAAUGCUUCCGACCAUUUUAUUGCUCAUUGUAAUGUUGACACCAAAAGUUACUGUCCAGAGCACAUGCAAAACCCUCAGACACUCAUUACUAGUCAGAAAGAGAGGAAGUGCUCAUCAAUUACAGCCUGUAUGGUGCCCAAAAGUAUAGGAGACAAACAUAAUAUCUCUAUUGAUAGUACCGGUACAUCAAAACAACUAUCAACUAGAAAUAUCAAUAGUCGACCAAGGUUUACGCUCUCAACCAAUGUUCAUCCUUGCCUUCCUGUCCAUGAUAAUGGAAAGGAACGUCGUAGCCGCCCAAAGAAUACAGAUGCAGAUAUGAACCUUCUUUCCAAUCUCAAAUGCUCUUCCGAUCCAUCAAAAUUCGCGUCAACGACAAAGAAUCUCAAGCCUCAACCAACGACUACUUCCAAAGAUAUUACACCAAAGAGUCGAACCUGCAACCAUGGGCGUACAACGAGGCAUCGUGUCAGAUCUUCAUCAGCUACUCAAAUGCCAGCACUGGAGGAUAGAGCACGGUUAUCUGAAGAAAAAAAGACAAUGGUAUAUGGCUCAGGACGGCCAAGUCAGAUAAAAGCGUCCAUUGACAGCAAGGGGCCAGGCAACCUGUCAAAAUCAGAUGAUCAAAUGGAUAUUAGAGUAACUCCAAUAUCACUAUCACUAACUGGCGAGAUGGAUAGUGAUGCAAACUUCGUAGAGAGUGAUAUUGAUUCAAAUGGGUCGUUUAACAAAAUCCCUUCGAACCAACAGUUUCCAACCCAAACUUUUCCAAUACCUAUGUUCUUGGCGAAGGCCGAAAGCCUUUCACUGCCUAUAGGAUAUACUCCCGCUUCAUUUAAACCCAGUAUACAUACAUUGAGUCGGCACUCAAUUGGGUGUUUAUCGACAAAGCGACUUCAAUCAAUUCAGCCAACUCAAUGUCAGGAAAUAGGGUUUCGGAGGCUGUCUUAUGAUUUUGAAUCGGAUCACUAUACUAAUGCAUUAGCAGAUACCCAAUCGCUUGGCAUAACUAAAUACCAUACAGAAUGUAUGCCCUCUGAUUGUGAUGAUUCGGACUCGCAAUUGCAAACUGGUGCAUUACGAUUAGAAGGCGCUGACUCGAGACUGCCAGCAACAAAUUCCACUCUCUAUAAUGGGGAUUGUGUUGUAGAAUGUAGCUACAACUCACCAUGCACGGAGCUCUUCACAGGAAAAGAAGAUCUCCUGCUACCUAGUACCAUACGCCUUGCAGAGGAGCCAAGGAUUCAACCGGCAUCUGAGCCCCAGAGCAAAAAUGAAUGGCUCCGACGGGCUAGCAUCCUCCCCGUCCUGAGUAGAGACCUGGCUAGAUUGCCCCUUACAAAGGCCAAGAACCCUGCAGUGAUGUCUGAAUUAAUGAAGAUCAUGAAGGAGCGACGUGAAUGUGAAUGGCCAAUGGACGCAAGAGCAAAAAAAAAGGAAGCUGAUCGACAUAUCAAGGAUAGUCAUUAUUGCUGCAGUCCCAGCGUAGAUAGCGACUCUUCUAUUAAUGGUAGCUCUGAAUAUGAGCCCCACAUUCCGUUGGAAUCUUCGUCCUUGCCGAGAGUAAGCUAUCGGGACAAGACAAGUUACCUUAGGAUUCAAAGCAUUCGACGUCGUGGAGAUAAAAAUGUCCAGGAGAUUGCGAGUGUCAGCAACACGUCCUUUGUCCCAACUUUAUUUUCAUUAGAAGCAACUGAACUCUGCUCACCACCUUUUCAACAUCCUUGUGACUCAAUUCCAUUAUAUAAUGCCCCAUCUUGCGAUAAUAGAGCAUCACCUCUGCUACAGUCAGUAGCGUCACCAGCUAUUGAGAUCCCACUCGAAAAUAACACAAUGGUUAAUGAUACAUGCUAUCCAAUGCGCAAAAACACUGUUACAUCCAUAUCUGCAUCAACUUCUAUGACCUCCAUCUCUUCAUUUCAGUCAGUAUCGCCUUCACUAUCUGCUUCAUCGAUAUCUUCCUCUACUCCAAAUUUUCUACCGCUACCACCGUCCAUGUGCUCUAUUAGCUUACAUCCUCCUUUUUCAGACCAUCCGUCCUUGAGUCGAUCGCCUUCUCCUAUUUUCUCUUCGGAACGUACAGCACACUCCCCUCUACCAACAAUACAUCUACAAUCGAAAUCUGAGAGUCAAGUCGCUAAAAUGUCGAAUUCAAUAGAGUCACGAAGGAACUCAUUCAGGCCUUCUUUUCUAGUGGACUGUGAGUUCUGCACCUUUGAAGCAGAGAGAUGCCAGCAUCAUUUUGAUCAGCAUUCACCACAUGAAUGGGACGAGAGCUUAUUUUCAUGCCAGGAUAUUUUCGGUCGAUCGACUCUGCGGCCUCAGUCUCAACAGCAACCACAACACUAUUCAGAGCUCCAUCCACAUACCAGAGCGCGCCCGACCUUUAACUGCUCUGAUUCUGUAUCAUCAUUGGCCUACGGCGUUGCUGCAUGCGACCUAGAUUCUAGUAUGGCUUAUGGCAUAAAGAGCACAGAAAGUACACGCAGUCCCGACCUACUGUACACCAUCCAUUCCGCGCCUACACCUCACUCGUACUACAAGACGGAUGCAUUUCACCCGUUUAUUGAGGAUCAUGCAUUGUCAGCACAUCCGCACGAUAUCUCUCUGCUGACGAAACGGCUCGCCAAUCUGCAAGUGAUGGACACGCUCUGUCCAAGCCCCUGCAGUCAGUCUGAGUUAGAGCAAAGACAAAUUCCAAUGAAUGCAUCGCGUGCUAUUGAAAUUCAGCAACUAUUGGCCUAUCUUGCAGAGAAGGCGGAUUUGGAGUGUAAAGCCCCAUUACUUGAUGUAUGUCCCGACAACGCAAAUGAGCCUGGGCAACGCGCUAGCGCAAGUAUUAGGCUAAAGGGUAUUCCUACGACUACGAAUUCAAAGUCUUUAACCGGAGUCUAUGAGCAGGUAUUAAGCGAUUGGGUCUCGAGGCUAGACCAGCUUUCAAAUAACGUCUAUAACGACCACCCUGGGCUGAAGCGUGAGCUCGAUAAAAUUCGGUGGCAGCAUAACAUUGCUAAGCGGACAAAAUAGAUUUGGGCACAAUAUUGCUUUCUGCUCAGUUAUCAUAUUACAUAUUUAUACAUAAAGCCCCAUGCUUGUCUACUACAAUGAUGUUGUGCUGAUAAAAGCUAGAAACUAGUCGCUUGCCGCAUCGCUCUGUUCGGUAGCACUAUUUCAAUUAAAAC